AAUGAAUGUCUUUUACCUCAGGUUUGAAAGGCCUGCAGUAUGGCGUGUGCAAAGCAAUCUGCUACAGAGUACCUCGAAAAUACCAGGAGAGACCUGGUGAAACACAUGAAAAACCUUCCUCAGAUCAUUGAGAAGCUUUAUGACAAGAAGGUUUUCAAUGACGAUAACGUCAAUGAUCUGAAAGCCGAGGACACAGAGUUUGAUAAAGCCAGAUGUAUACUGGACUGGGUCAUUAAAAAAGGUAAACUGGCCAGUUAUGAAUUACUCAAGAUUCUGGAUAACAGUAAGAAGAGGACAUUAGAUCCUGCAUUACACUCCUGGAUCAGCUAUUUUCCCUUCAGAGAUGAAGACGCAGAGCCCAGCUGUUUAUUUGGUACAAAGCCCUGUAAAGAGUACCAGACACAGCUCAAAAAGAAAGCAGAAAGUACACUGAAGGACCAAAGGGAAAGUUGCUGUAAAUAUCUGGAUGACAAGGUACAAGGAAACUUCAGUUUUAUUCCUCUUGUUUUAGAGACUGGCUCUGCAGUAAAACCUCCUCAAGACAAAAUAUAUUUGAAAAACAAAAAAUACAAAAAGCUUCGCCCCAAGAAACUGAGAGAUUACAUUCCUACCGAGGGUCAAGCGUUAUCACCUGAGGACCUCCUGAGAUGGAAGGACAAAAGCAUCCUCAUCAUCGGCAAACCUGGAGUAGGAAAGACUACAGUUGUCCAGGAAAUGCUGCGUGUUUGGGCAGAGAAGGAUGACAGAGAGAUAGACUACAUGUUUUACUUUGAUCAAAGUGUUCUGGCUCACAAUAGUGUUGCCAGCUUGGAAUCUCUUUUGUUUGAUGUGUAUAUGAAACCAAUGGAAAAAGACAAAAAAGAAGUGUUUCAAGAUAUUGAGGAAAAUUCUGAGAAUGUUGUCAUCGUGUUUGAUGGUGUGAUGGAUUUGGGAAAAAAAUCCAUCUUGUGGAAGAUCAUGAAGCACGAGCUCCUGCCGGAUGCCAAGAUUGUGAUCACAUGCAGAUCAGAGGAGGAAGAUGAACCACUGUUCUCUGACUGGCCGACACGGACCGUGUAUGUACAAGGAUUCAGCGCAGAGUCUAUCAACACUUACUAUCAGAAGAUGUUGGGUCAUGAUCCUGUUCUUCUAGAAGUUGUUUUAAAGAAUCAAGAGCUCUUCAGUCUUAGUCAUGUUCCAUUGUAUGCAUUCAUGAUUGUAGACUUGAUUAAGUUUAAAAAUGACACCGUAUGCAACUAUCAUCACACAGUCACUGAAAUGUACAUCCACAUUUUCCGUCUUGCUGUGAAGAAACAUGGGAAUAAACAAAAUAAGCAAAUAGACAAGUAUCUGAAAGAGAAGAAGGAUCAGAUUCAUAGAUUGAUGAAAAAUGCUUUCGAUGGCACUAUGAAGAAGUGCCUGAACCUUCCAGAUUUUAGCAGUGAUGAGACGGACAUUUGUCAUGCUUUUCUGAAAAUGAUCACAACAACAGACUCGCCAACAUCUGCAACUACACACUGUGCGUUUCUCCACAACACAAUGCAGGAAUUCUUCUCCGCGUUGUGGCUUCUUGGACAUUCAGAUGAAAUUGAGAAAGUCCUACAGCUCUGUCAGACUGAGGAGCAUAAACACAUGAGAUAUGUUCUUCCUUUCUUAUGUGGACUUCUGAGUGAACACAACACCAGACUCCUCAAGUGUCUCUUCCCAGAGGAUCAGAUACAGAAAACAUCUGACUGGCUGAUUGAGAAGCUUGUGGACACAUUUCUUCAGGCUCAGAGUGAAGAGUUUGAUCUUCUCUAUGUGUGUCAGUGCUUGUAUGAGCUCCAGUCUCCUGAAGCCUGCUUAAUGUUCCUGGAGAAGAUGAACCAUCAGAUUGAACCAGAAGUGGAUCUCGAUCCUCAUCAGUGUUGUGCUCUGUCUUAUGUGAUUGGUCAGUCCAGAGAUAAAGAGGUUUAUCUGAAUCUGGACGACUGUGAUGUAGCUGAUGUGGGAAUGAUCAUGCUGCUCAGCUGCUCACCAAACAUCAGGUUAAAGACUUGUAAAGAACCACUGAAGCAAAUCAUAUUCUUUGUAGAAUUCUUCCAUAAAUCAUUAAAUCAAUGUGACUGCAAACUUUUUGAGGUGAGAGGAAGAGACAACCCAGGAACUUUAAAUGCUCUGCUGGAUCUGUGCUCACAUGUGAAGAACUAUGAGACUCAAACAGGCAGGAGUUUUCUUCCAGCAUUACAGUCAUGUUUCCAGUUACGUGAUGAUGUCUGGAUCAUAGAUCUCUCAGAGAGAAAGUGCUCGGUCCUCCUGGAAGUGCUGAAGCUCCAGACAGAGAAGAAACCUGUCGAGCUGAGAGGAUUGUCAGAGAAAGAGCGUGACGUGAAGAGUCUCCUUCAGUGUCUGCCACACAUCUCACAGCUGAGGUGAGAACAUUUCUGUUAUCUUACAGUUAUUGUGAAAUAUGAUUUCUGUAUAUGCUGGGACAUGUUUUCUGGUCUUAAUGAGUGUUGGAUACUGAAACCCAGUACAAAUAUGGCACCGGUACUUAUGUAAUCAGUAUGUACUAGAACUGAAUCAGAAUGCAGAUUUCAGUGCCAUGCCUGAGCGAUCGAUUGAAAUAUUUGUCUUCUCCAGAACAGACGUAAGAAGCAUCAUCGCAUGUGAAAAUUAUUUCCCGACUUAGAAAAUGCAUGUGAACUCAAGUCAGAAGUAAUGCUUUGUAGUAAUGUGAGUGUCCAUGUUGUUUUGGCACUGGUAUCAGAAAAAACAAAACAAAUGAUGAUACACAUCCUUACUCUUAAUAGGGCCUUUCGCAUUGCUUUAGUUCCAGAACUAAAUGUACAGUACUAAAGUUCUGGGACAAACUUUUUCCCAGUACAAUUUAAAGGGUUGCAUUUGUACCGAGAGUGUGUACUAGGACGUAAUGUAAGACGGUCAACAGCGCCAUCAUUUGUGUGCGACAUUCAACAACGAAAAAAACAACAACAAUGUUAUCAACGGGAGGAUGGAGGAUGCUGUUAUCGGAGCUGUGUUUUUCACAAUAAUGGACAUGGAAUGUUGACGAAAGCGAUUGAAAGAACAGAAAGAAGGACUAAGAAUCUACAAGGACAACUGGCAGUGCUACAUUUGCUAUAAGUGCCUGCACUUUGUCAUAUUUGCAAUGUUUACAGUAUGUUACACUGCGUUUUAAAUCAUGGUGAGUGAGGGCAUUUUCGAACACGUCUUGCCAAUCAAUGUCUACUUGCGUCACGGUUAGUACCAGUUGUGCUGGUUAGACCCUGCUCUGGAGUAGGAGCUAAUUUGGUUCUCGAAAAAGGCAGUCCGAUACUAAAAUCACACCCAAUUCCCCAAAAAGCAGGU